AAAAACAUAAUUUCAAGUUGAUAGCAGUGAUAUUUAGUGUGAUUUUUUUUUUGCUCAUACUUUCAUUUGUUAUUUCUAUCUGCUGGAUGAGGAAGAGAAACCAAAAACCAUCCUUUGAUUCACCAACUAUUGAUCAACUAGCUAAGGUUUCAUAUCAAGACUUACACCGAGGAACCGAUGGGUUCUCAGAAAGAAACUUGAUUGGAUCAGGAAGUUUUGGUUCUGUGUACAAAGGAAAUCUUGUGUCAGAAGACAAUGUUGUUGCCGUAAAGGUCUUGAACCUCAAAAAGAAGGGAGCUCACAAGAGUUUCAUUGUUGAAUGUAAUGCACUAAAAAAUAUCAGACACCGAAAUCUAGUGAAGAUAUUAACAUGUUGUUCUAGUACAGAUUACAAAGGUCAAACUUUUAAAGCUCUAGUUUUUGAUUACAUGAAAAAUGGAAGCUUAGAACAAUGGUUGCAUCUUGAGAUUUUAAAUGCAGAUCAUCCAAGAACAUUGGACCUUGGUCAUAGAUUAAACAUCAUGAUCGAUGUCGCCACUGCAUUACAUUAUCUUCACCAAGAAUGUGAACAAUUAAUCAUUCAUUGUGAUCUUAAGCCAAGCAAUGUCCUUCUUGAUGAUGACAUGGUUGCUCAUGUGACUGAUUUUGGCAUAGCAAAACUUGUCUCGGAUAUUGGCAUUACCUCUGAUAAGGAUACCAGUACAGUUGGAAUAAAAGGGAGCAUUGGCUAUGCUCCCCCAGAGUAUGGAAUGGGUUCUGAAGUGUCCACAUGUGGUGACAUGUAUAGCUUUGGAAUCCUUAUGUUGGAAAUGCUUACCGGUAGAAGACCCACUGAUGAAUUUUUUCAAGAUGGUCAAAAUCUGCAUAACUUUGUUGCAUCUUCAUUUCCUGACAAUCUUAUAAAGAUUUUGGAUCCACAUCUUGUAUCAAGAGAUGCAGAAGAUGGAAGCAUAGAGAAUCUUAUUCCUGCGGUAAAUGAAUGCUUAGUUUCUCUUUUCAGGAUUGGACUUGUUUGUACAAUGGAAUCACCGAUAGAAAGAAUGAAUAUUAUGGAUGUCACUAGAGAGCUCAACAUAAUCAGAAAGACAUUUCUCUCUGGUGUUCACACUCAUUAG